UUUUUUUUUUUUUCUUUUUUCAAGUUACAUCGCAAUGACUUCAAUUGAUCCUAGUCAAACUUUAUACGUUACUAAUAUUAACGGACGUAUUAACAUUGAAGAGCUUAAACAUUCUCUGUAUGAUUUAUUUUCUACUUAUGGACCUAUUCUAGAUAUUACAGCUAAAAAAACAGAAAAGAUGCGUGAACAAGCCUUUGUUGUAUACAGUAACGUUGCUUCUGCAACUACAGCCAAAAGAAGUUUAAAUGGAUUCACCUUUUUCAACAAACCACUUAAAAUCGAAUAUGCAAAGACAAAAUCAGAUGCAGUUGCUAAAUUAGAUGGCACAUAUAGAUUAAGGACAUAUAAGGAUAAAAAUGAGACUACAUUAGGAAAGAGAACUGCAGCAGAAAAUGAAAAUGAAAACCCUUCAAAAAUGUCACGAACCGAGGAAAGUGAUGAAAGUGAUGAGGAUCAUGCAUAAAUUAACUGAAUGAAUGAUUAUAUGAAAAAUGUGAAUAUAAUAUACAUAUAAAUAUACAUAAUAUUCGAAAUAAAUAAAGAAUAAGAAGCUUAAUUUAAGAAGGAAAAAAAGAAAAAGAAAAAUUACAUUCUAUG